AAUCCUGAUAAAUACAGUAAUAGUACUUAAUAACAGGCAAAACUUAAAAAAUACAUAAAUUACUCAGAAAAUGUCGAUAAAUAACAAAAAUAUACUUUCUAGGUCUAGUUUCAUAAUAUGUACACUUUAUCGUGACUCACACUGUAUAAUGUGGUAUUGUGUAAUCAACAAGACGUUUUGAUAAAGAUUAGGAACUCGGGUCAGAGGAAAAUCCAUCCUAAUGUAUGAGUUGAUAAAUAAUAAUAAAUGAUAAUAAUAUGUUAUAAUUAGCGUGUAGAUAAAAGAUAAUAGGAAACGAUAGUUGAUCAAAGUUUAUGUAUAAAAGCGGAAAUCAAUCAAAAUACAAUCCUAUUACUCGAUCAAAAUGCGAUCCUUUAUUGUUUUUGCCAUAACAUUGGCGGUGGCAGCAGCCGCCAAGACCUCCGAAAGGAUCAUAGGAGGGUCCCUCACAACCAUCGAGGAGUAUCCUGAGAUGGUGGCUCUGCUGAGGGUUUGGGGCAACUAUUAUGCUCAAUACUGCGGAGGGUCUAUUCUGAACAACAGGGCCAUCUUGACUGCUGCUCACUGCCUUGAACUCCCUAUUCCAGCCGGUCGUCGUGUGCGCGUGGGAUCCUCAUACCAAAGCUCGAAUGGGACUGUCUACAGUAUUGAAAGGAUUAUUAUCCAUCCCGGUUACGCUAACAACUGGCCAGCUGAACCAGACAAUGACUUGUCGAUCCUUUGGCUUACCGACAUCAUACCCGUCACACCCACUUCAAGACCUGCCCUGAUCGCUGGUCCUAAUUACAACCUCGCCGAUAACGAACCGGUCUGGGCUAUUGGCUGGGGAUGGACUGAGUACGGUAACUUCACGUCUCACUCAGAGCAGCUGCGUCACGUGCAAGUAUACACUGUGAACCAGGAAAUCUGCAGGCAGCGGUUCGCAAACCGCGUGGUCAACGGCGUGCCUAUGCCAUAUACGAUCACUGACAACAUGCUAUGCUCCGGUAUUCUGGACGUGGGAGGUCGCGACCAGUGCUAUGGGGACUCUGGGGGACCAGUCUUCCACCAUGGAGUGCAAGUCGGCAUCUGCUCGUUCGGGCACGAAUGCGCGCUAGGCGAAUUCCCUGGCGUUAAUGUGCGCGUGUCUCAGUACACCAACUGGAUAAGCGAUAACCGAUAAGAAAUAAAUUAAAGUGGAUAUAAGAUAUUGAUAAAUAUAUAAAAACGAACUAAUAAAAA